UUUAGAUAAAAUUAAUACAAUUAUUACAAUAUAUUUUAUAAUUCAAUAAUCAUUAUUAGAAUUUAAAACACAUUUGUAAAUUAGUAAGAGUUGAAUAAUUCCUCAUGUCAUCGUCAAUAAUGGUAUGUUUUAUGAAAAAAAGUUUCUACUGUUUUGUGAUUUAAUGGACGAUAGCGGUAUUGACAGUGAUACUACAAAAUGUCAUACAACUACAAAAAAAGAAAAUGAUCGAAAUACUGAUGAAGAGAGUAAUACAAGUGAUUGUUCCAUAAGAGUAAAAAAACCUUCAUUUUUUCAAAAAAAACUAGAACAAUAUGGUAAACCGGGUAUAAUGGAGUAUAAUCAAAUGGCUGUUCCAACUAGUAAAUCAUCUAAGACUGAAAAAUUACCUGUAUUAGUAGACUGGGAUUCAUCAGACAGUGAAAUAGAAAUACGUUUUUUUCCGGGACCAAAGGCUAGACAAACAUUGAGCGAUACAUUUAGUUUACAAGAAUUUCAUGGAUCAAUAGAAUCAGAGGACUUAGAUCUGAUACCACCUCAACAUACCACUAAAAGCGAUAAUCAGUGUUGUACUUUAGUUUUGCAAAGGUGUAAUAUUCUUUGAGAUAUUUUAUUCUUAUGAAAUUCUAAUUUCACAAAAACAUAUGCAUAGUUAUAUAUACAUACAAAUAAAUAAAUAUAUAUAUAUAUUAUAUCAAAUUUACUGUUAAACAUUGUGUUGACCAGUUUUAGUAAUAUUGACUGAUGUUAGAAGCUGCGAUGACCAAUGAUGGUAUUUAUUAUAAAUGUUCAAGUAUUUUGUUUUUUUUCAUUGUUUUGCCAAUAAACAGUGUAAUUAUGAAAUAA